AUGGCUGAGAAAGGGUGCGAGAGUUGCAGCAAGUGGCAGGAGCACUACUACAGGGAGCACAUGGAUGUGAGCCGGAUUCGUUUCUUCAAGCUCUUGACCGGAGAUUUUGCUCAUGGCAUUAGCAUACCUGAGAAAGUUGCAGAGGUUUUCAGUGGGCAGAUCACCAAAGGGUUCAAACUGAAAUCACCCAGCGGCGAAACGUGGCGCGUUGGCAUCGAAAAGGUUGCUGAUGAGUUGCUUAUCAUGUCAGGGUGGGAGGAUUUUGCCAAGGCUCAUGAACUCCAGGAGAAUGAUCUCCUGUUCUUCACUUGCAAUGGCCAUGGCAAUGGUAGCUGCUCCUUUGAUGUGCUAAUGUUUGAUGCAAGUGGCUGUGAGAAAAUGUGUUGCUUCUUCACUGGAAAAAAGGACAGUUACAUGUGCAAGCAUUUCGACAGUAGAGGAGGCCAGAAUGCUGAGCAAUGCCUUUCUACUGAUUCUGAAGAUACUAGCACACCAUCACAUCUCAUCAGAUCUCCUUACUCUACUUCGAAGAAAUCGAGUGGCAAGACCAAGACUAAUCCAAGUAAGCAGAAGUACAAGUUUGCAAUGACAGGGAAUGCGCCUGAAAAUCCAAACAGUAGCCGCUGCCAUGUCAAGCGUGAGAUGUUUGAGGAAGAGAAGAGUGGUGAUAAUGAUGAUAAUGGUGAUGAUGAACAUGUUGACCACCACUACUCGAGGCUUGCCAAUUACCUAACUAGCGAGGAACGAGAAGAGAUAUUCAGUUUGGUAUCGCUGCAACCAGGCAAUCUUGUGACUGUCCUGCAGAUGACCCAAAUUAAUCGCAGGGGACUUCUGAUCGUCCCCAGCAAAUUUGCAGCUGACCAUCUUGAAAACAGAUCACAUGAAAUCCUGCUGAUCAGGCCAAACAAAAAGGAGAAAUGGUAUGUCAAAUACUACCAUGGAAGCACUAACAGGGGUUUCAAUUGCCAUCGCUGGAUCAAGUUCAUGCGCGAAAACAGGCUGCGAGAGGGGUACAUCUGCAUCUUUGAGCUGAUGAAAGGUGCAAGGCGAGUAACCAUGACAGUUCAUGUCAUUGGGAAGGUUGGGAACCGGUUUGUUCUACUGGGCUAAGUUCCAGGCAUCCUCCUCAGUUUAUCACAUGCACAAUGUAGUAUGUAAGUGUGCAGGUGUGGCUUCUGCAAGUAUGUGUGUUUAUGUACCAGUCAGACAGAACUGUUCUGAAAGCAGCUUGUAUAUGCCCUGAAGCUAA